GCAGCACGAACAUCAAGGUUACAUGGAUCACGUGAUCGCUGAGCGCCGACGAGGAGCCUGGAUUCGGCUAAUACCGCGUUUCAGCUUUAAACAAUUGCGUUACCAGGCUAACAUAUUAGCGUUGUCGGUUAAAAAUGGCGGAGCUCGAGCGCGCUGCCGAGGGGCCGAUAGAGAAGCUACCGUUUAAGGAGGAUUAUAACACCGACACAUUAAAGAAAGAAGCCGACUGCAAUGCGGUAGUGCCCUCUGUCGGUGAAGAAGCAGACUGCAUGGAGGCGCAGCUUGCUUUCUGUUCAUUUCCCACUGAUCUGAAAUUACUGCAUAAUAAAUUACACCUCGUAGAAAAACAACUCCAAUAUCUACUCAGCAAAGUCGCCACGUAUCAGAACCACCUCAUCUACAGUGGAGAUCAUGCCCAGAAUGAAGCUUUUGCUCGUGUGGUGCCAAAAGUCCUGGAGAUAUGUCAGCCCUAUUUCGACUACAUGGAGUCUGCUGCCCGUAACACGGUUUCUGGCCAAUCACUGCCCAUGCACAUACGUAUUCAGUUGUUGCAGUUCUCCCAGCAACUGUGCAUUCAGCUGGAACAGCUGGUCUUAACAUACGCUUCAUACGGGUACCUCUCUCUGGCCGAGACUGACCCACUGGGUAUCUCUCAAUACUACAUUGGCCAGUGUCAAGUGGAGAACAUCAAGAUGUCAAUCUUCCGUUACUGUCAACCCACCCCUUUCCUGGCCUUAACCAGCAAUGAGCUGUACAAACGCAUGCGAUGGAACGUGAAGCGAAUGACAGGGACAGUAGGUGAAGUGGAAAAGAGUGAAAGGAGGACAGAAGGGAUACAAGAGAUGAAAAUAGGACAGGAGGCAAAUAGAGAGAAGGGGAUGGAAGGCAACAAUAUAGAGUAUUACUUCCUCUGCCAUGUGGACAUCCAUUUAGUGGAAGGAGAGGCACUGAGAGAACAGACAGAAAGAAAGCCAGGGGAGAAAACCGUAUUGAGGAUGUGGUCUAUCGGAAAGUGGGUACAGAUCUAUCCUGACCCAGACUCUGAAGACAUCAUUGACUGGGUGCUGUGCACAAUUCCUCAGGGUCAGUACAAGCCACUGGUGUAUCUGGGUGAGGAGGAGCCAACUUCCUGUAUUGCCACAGACUGUCUGCUGAAGGUGCUGCUUUCUCAGACUGAUCAAAGCAUCACACAACCUUUAAGACAAUGACACGGCAAGAAGUAGUCAGCCAGCCAGCCAGGCGUGAGAACAGCGUUUUUAAAAGUUCAGUAAGAAUUCAGUUUCUUUUAAUCAUAGUUCUAAUUAGUUUUAGAGAUACUAUCACAUGCUUUUGAUUCAGUCUUUUUCUGUGGCAGUGUUUUAUAAAUGUUACUCAACCCUUGAAGACAAAAUAAAUACAACAAUCUUCCAAUCAGCUUUAUUUUAUUUAUUUUUUUCCUUCAGCAUUGAAAUGGACAAACGGUAAAUUACAGUUUUAUCAAAUAAAUUGAGCUGCCAUGGUUUCAUAACAUCUACAAACCAAAUACAAAAAUACAUUCCUCCAUUUGAAAAUAAAUUACAAAAAUAUACACAAACUAGUACAGAACAAUAAUUAUAUUUCCACUUGUGCAUAAUGUGAUCACAGUUUCUGUAUUUCAUUUGUAACUCUGAUCCCUUUGUUUUUCUAUUGAUCCCUGAUUGUUAAUUACAGUGAUUCCAGUAUGUCUGGCAUACACAUUCCUUAAAUGCUGGCAUGAAGUUAUGAAAUGUGGCAUUCCACACAGUGAUUAAAGAAACAGUAGUACUGGUCUAAAUAUUACCUGGAGACUUAAUUCCCUGAUUGUAGUGUUCAGUGAUUAAUCUAUAGGAAUCUUGAAUAAAAAAAAUAAAA